UGUAGUAUCCUUCGUUCUCCGUCGUCUCUCUCCCGUAGUCCCGUGCGCGGCAGGGACAGCCGGCCGGCCGGCGAGCACCCCCCCUCCCCCCCGACGCGCUCUCCCUUGCGGCGGCCCAGGACGGGCUUCUCCUCCCCUCUCCUCCCGCCGCCUGCGCUGAUCUCCCCGCGAGGCAGGGGCGCUGUCGUCCUUCAUCCUCACCGAUUGCACUGCAUGCUCUGAUGACAUCUGAUAUGAGACCACUCAACAGCCAAAAGGGUCAGACCUGUGGAGUUUCUGACCAAGCUUGCCACAGCAAAAGCAAAAACGACAAUGAUGGAAAACCAUCACGUGCUAAAGUGAAUGGAGUUUCCUCGUUGAGCGGGAGCCAUAAUGAUGAGAAAUUUUUGAAAGAGAACUCUGGAGCAUGCAAUUUAAAUUCUGACCAUGCCAAUUCUUUAUCAGUAGAUGGGGUCAGAGUUUCUAUAGCAAGGUCAGAACUAAUUGACAAUUCAGAUCAUGAUGGUUGUCUGCAUGUCAAGAAUGAAAGCUGUAUGGCUUGUGAUGAUCUGCUUCAAGAGUCUGACGGAGAACAACAUGGGGGUACACUGGAGGAUCUAUUUUCCUUUAAUGACGAGGAGGAUGAUGACAGUGAUUGGGAACCCUCUGCUCGCCUUGCUUUGGACAGGUGGUUUUGCUUGAACUGUACAGUGCCAAAUAUGGAAGAUUUUGCACAUUGCCAGAAUUGCAAUGAGCUUAAAGGAUCUGCAGUAGUUGGAUAUGAUGCUUUCAAAGCUCAUCUUGCACAGGCAGCUUUUUUAUCUUCUGACACAGCACUGCCAUCGGUAUCCACAGCUGUCGGUUUUGAUGAAAGAAUGCUGCUCCAUAGUGAGAUAGAGAUUAAACCAAAUCCACAUCCAGAAAGGCCUGACCGCCUUCGUGCAAUUGCUGCUAGUCUUGCUGCCGCAGGUAUCUUUCCCUCUAAAUGUGUUAUGGUACCUCCUCGAGAAAUCACGAAGGAAGAACUCCUAACAGCCCAUACUUCAGAUCACAUUGACAGUGUUGAGCAGACAAAAAACAUGCUUUACAGUUACUUCACUUCGGAUACAUAUGCAAAUGGACACUCAGCAUGUGCUGCCAAACUUGCAGCAGGGAUAUGUGCUGAUCUUGCUAGCUUGAUAGUUUCUGGGCAUGCUCGUAAUGGAUUUGCAAUGGUGAGGCCUCCUGGGCAUCAUGCUGGGGUGAAGCAAGCCAUGGGAUUUUGUCUUCACAACAAUGCAGCAGUGGCUGCAUUAGCUGCACAAAGAGCUGGUGCCAAGAAAGUAUUAAUAGUUGACUGGGAUGUGCACCAUGGUAAUGGAACACAGGAGAUAUUUGAUGGGGACAAUUCUGUCUUGUACAUAUCACUACAUCGUCAUGAGGAUGGAAGUUUCUACCCUGGAACUGGGGCAGCACAUGAGGUUGGAGUUAUGGAUGGCCAAGGAUUCUCGGUCAAUAUACCUUGGAGCCGUGGUGGUGUUGGAGACAAUGACUACAUAUUUGCUUUUCAGCAUGUGGUGCUUCCGAUAGCUGCAGAGUUUGCUCCAGACAUUACCAUUAUAUCUGCAGGAUUUGAUGCAGCGAGGGGCGACCCUCUGGGUUGUUGUGAUGUCACUCCUGCUGGAUACUCUAGGAUGACGUCCAUGCUAACUGCUUGUUCACAGGGAAAGUUGUUGGUUAUACUUGAGGGAGGAUACAAUCUUCGGUCUAUAUCCUCAUCAGCUACCGAAGUUGUUAAGGUCCUACUUGGGGAUAAUCCUAUUUAUCAUACAGGUGCAACUGAACCGUCAGAGGAGGGCAUACAGACUGUCUUACAAGUCCUGAGUAUCCAGCAGCAAUUUUGGCCAGUUUUAGUUCCAUCCUUUGCAUCAGUUCUGUCACUGCAGCGGUCGGUUUUUUCCAAAUAUACCAGUGAAGGAAACAAGAAAAGGAAGCAUGCAGGAGGAGCAGGGCCUUUCUGGUGGAAAUGGGGAAGCAAAAGGCUUCUGUACGAAGUGCUAUUUGAGGGCCGCUGUCUGCGAAAGAUCAAGGAUACAUGCAAAGAAAAAUCGAAUGAUGAAGCAGAGCCCUAAAUGCGCUGCUGCUGCUGAGGCCUGACUGCUGAUCUUCUCAACAUCAAUAGUGUAGUGGGCUGACUGGGGUUCCCUGAAGCUGUGUAGCUUUGCAUAUACCGGGCCAAAUUUUGACUGGAGAAUUAAAAUGGUAGUUCGUGUUUUUAGGUGAAAUUUGUGAACUUGUUGACAUGUAUUGGGAUGUUUACUUGUCCUAGCAAUAGAGUUUAAGUUUACCAUCC